GUAAUAAAGCAAAAACGACAAAAUGCUCAGCUGUUCAGCCGACUUUCAACUUUGACAGUUCGCAAUCGGUACACGGAAAAUUGUUUGUUUUCUUUUUAAAUCAAAUCCGAGAGGAGAUGGCUACCAAAAAAUCGUCAUGCACGUCAAUAACAGACCUGAACGAGGACUGCAUGCGACGCGUAUUCUUUUACCUUCGUCUGAUAGACAGACUGAAGUUUGGCCUGGCCUGCAAUCGUUUCGAUGAGAUAUUCGCCACCUGCCUGCGCAAGGACGUCUUUAUCAUGCGCGAAUGCAUCCAAGCGUUUACCCUGGACGAGGUGAAGCAGAUUUUAGAGCGUUUCGGACCCUACAUCAGGCGGCUGAGUCUACGGCAAACGAUAGACAACAGAAACAUUGACUUCUACAAGCUGAUCCCACACUACUGCCACAGCAUUGAGACGAUAGAGUUGCAGCGCAACCUCAAGCCCACUCACGAGGAGUUGGACGUCUACAAGGACAUCCUAUGGGCGACCAAGGGCCUUCGGUCAGUCCAAGUGUUCCAGAACAGAAAGCUUGACCGCGAACUCAGGGACAGAGAGAUCGUCUUCUACCACCUGUGGGGGUGUGCUUUAUGCCUGAUGAUCAGUAACCUCACGACUCUGGAAACCUUGCACUACUCCGACUCGUCCCUGCUGGGGUCUGACCUCUGCAAACUCAAGAACCUGACAGAGUUGAACAUCGCGUACUGCAGCAACUUCAACUCCUCCAACUUUGUGGAAAUCUGCCGCGCAGUGAAGCUACACACGCUGAACAUCAACAACUGCACGAAGCUGGACAAUGCAGCCCUGGACGCGCUGGUCGAAACCCAGACCGAGCUGCAGCACCUCACGAUAAGCAACAACCUCCUGGCGCACAACUACGAGGUGAUUGGGCGCCUGGAGAGCCUUAGCCAAUUGAUUUUAUUUGAUAAGAAUAGCAAAAAGCUGUGCGAGUUAAUGUACGAGCUCAGCAACUGCCACCGGGACGACCUGGACACGUUGAAAAUCAGCUCGAAUUGCAUCCUCUUCGACUCCAAGUUCCGCCAGCAUCUCCUGUCGUUUCGUAAUUUAAAAGUUUAUUAUCCGUCGAAUGUUGUGCUGCCCGACGAUGACUACUUAGUGGAAAUUGGCACAAAGUUUCCGAAUUUGCUGAAACUGAAAAUUUGCGUUAGCGCAGUGAAUACGUGUGAGGGGUUCGUGUGUAUGCUGAGGCUACUGAAGAACUUGACCGAAUUGAUUUUGGAUUAUUCGUCAGAUGAAAGUUAUAAAUUCGACUUGGAUUUUUUGCGAAAAAUUAUAGAAGUGAGACGAAGUAUGAACUCAGGAUUGUUGACGCUGCACCUGCUACAAGGCACGGUUGCACAUGAUGUGUUUCGAUCGAGGGAGUAUCGAAGUAAUUUGGAUAUAGUAAAUUUAAGACGACACAAACCUCAAUAUAUUCACCGGAUAUAGUCAAAUGUAUUUUGUUCGGAAACGUAGACCGAAUCCACAAAACACACAUCAUUCGUCCUGUUCGGAUUUACUCGAAUACGAACUCUAAUAUUCCCGUUUAGAGAUUAUUUUGAUUUUUCGUUUUAUUUAAUAAGCGCAAAAGAUAUUCGAUCUUUUGCUAAUGUAAAUUAAUCUUAAGGUUAAAAACUGUAAAAUAAAGAGUAAGGAUAAUACUUAAUGAGCAAAUAGUA